UGGAGUAUUUUAGCAAAUCUUGGAACAUGUCGCUGGAUAGUGAGUUGUCAUAUGCACAUCGUGAUGGGCGAUUGCUGGAAAUUAUUGACGAAAACUGGCAAAAGGACAAGCUACCUAACGACGAAAUUGCUGUUCCAGAAUUUGAACUUCCACCUGUGGACGACAGUGACCACAAUGGAGCCACAGACUCCCUAAAAGAGCAAGAACAGAAAUGGACAGAUCUUGGAAUCCAGCAGCUACAGGAAUCACCACAGCACACUGGAAACUAAAUGAAAACAUUGUAUUUGACAAAAUGCUAGUUACUAAGAAAGCUAGGGAAGAGAAAAACAAAUCCAUCGAUAUAAAGUUAGCGAUGGUUUUAGUUCCCUAUCAAACCAUGAUAAUUUAAGUUUACAUAUUUCCUUUUCCUACAAAUAAAUAAAUUAACCUUUUACACCCUAACAUCAGUAUGCAUAUUCUCCAUACUGAUCUCUGGACAUUUCCCAAGGUGCUGACAAGGAGAAUUAGCUUAACAAUCC